GUCAGUCGGCGCAGUUGUUGAGGCGCUAUGGUGUGAACGCUCGGCCUCGAUCUUUUCCCGUGAGUUUCUGUCGCGUUCUGCGGGUUUCAUGUUCCGCGCCGCCGAGAUCAAGAGCUUCGGUAAAGCGGGAACCGGCUGGCACUUUCAGCGGACGAUGGACGAGCUGGUCCAUGAUCUGGUGUCGGCUCUGGAGGAGAGUUCCGAACAAGCCCGUGGAGGCUUCGGUGAUGGUGGAGAUCACGCCCUGGCCGUCGGUUGCCUGCUGAAACGACAGGCGCGCAAGCGUCGUGGCCGGAAACGCCGGUCCGAUAACCCUCACCCGCCAUGGGACACCUGCCACCUGAGCGAAGGAUCCGAAUCCAGCUUGGAGGAGCAGAAAGACUACCGGUCCUCCACGACAGCAGGGGGCGCUCACACCCGCGACAGCGAUAGCGACGAGCAGCUGGGCGCGAAACGGCGGACGCCGCUCACCGCGGACUCCGGCAGGGGGAAGAGACCGCUUUGGAUGGACGAUUUGAGCGGAGCGGACGUUUUAGGAACGCGUAGUUUACGGAGGCGUCGGAAAGUCAAGCGCAUGGCUGUUGAUCCGCCACUAGAUGUCGCCACCAUGCUGGCACCUCCGAGACAGUCCGGAGCGGGUGGCAGCAGGGAGUUUUUGGAGGGGAAAGGAGGUGAAGCGAGCAAAAGCAGGGUGAAGAAAAGGAAGUAUAUGGCACAGAGACUCGCACAAGAUGCGGCGGAUGAAGGCGUGGUGGUGGAGAGCGAGGAGGCGGGACAGGCGCCUAAAGACAAGAUGGACUUUGAGGAGCAUAAGGGCUCAGAUGAGGAGAUGAGUGACAGGUGCGAGACUAGCAGUGUAAGUAACAGCAGUGAUGGGGGUCUGUACACUAACGAUGAGGGAAGGCAAGGCGAUGAUGAGCAGAGCGAUUGGUUCUAUGAGGGCGAGCCGGGUGGGGCUUGUGGAAUUGCGGGCGUUGUGCCGUGGUGGGAGAGAGAUUCUAACGAGCUUGACCUCAAUGACCCUGUAUUCAACAGCAUACUCACCGGAGCAUUCCCAAUAAUGUCACAAGGAGCACAAAGAGGGUUUCAAGCACGGCUCGCGCGGCAGGCCUGUCUUCAGCAGUCACAGGGAGCCUCUCAGGGAAUUGUUCCCAAUAGAUUACCCAGAUUAUCUCAGGAUCCUCACGACCCGUGGUUCAGCGCUGGGGCGAGAAGAGACCAAUUGCUUUGGGAAUCUCGUAGCGACAGAAGCCACAGGAAAAGCUGCUCUUUAAAGACUGCCAGCAGACAGACGAGUGGUCACCUUGGUUCUUUAUGUACUGGAGAUAUAAAGAGACGACGAAAAGCUGCACCUGUAGCAGCCCCUUCAGCCUCAGGUGUGGUGGCUGAGUGCGCUCCUCCACUCCCCGAGUCAAAUGUGGGGAACCGUAUGCUGCAAAGUAUGGGUUGGACCCCAGGGUCGGGUCUGGGUCCUGACGGCAGAGGAAUCACAGAGCCCAUUCGAGCGUCUCAGAGGCCGAAGGGAGCCGGACUGGGCUUUAACUGAGCUUCACCUGAAAACAAAGAGAGAAACUCACACAGAGAGGCCUCUCUCUCCCCUUUAACCUCGCCUUUAACAGCAGCCAGCCAGCCAGCAGAGGGCAGCACUGGGGUCAGAGACCUUGAAAUGGACAGAAUGUAUGAAUGAAAGUGAAGACCGGCACAGAGGAGGACUGAUGCUAGAGCUGCCUCACUGCCAAACACGCAUACACACACACACACACUGAUUCAUUUCAUUUCAACAUUUCACAGUUAAAGCUCACCAGAUAUGCAACCAUGUGUUAGUUGCUUUAACUUUUAAAGAUCAUUAUAUUCAAGAAAAUUCAUUUGGCAUUUUUUAUUAAUAUUCCAUUAUUUUUCUCUCAAAAUAGUGGAGUAGAAAUGUUAAGAAAAUGAAGCCGGUUUUUCAGGACCAUUAAGAUUUCUUGCGUCGUCACACUUUUGUCAUGAUAAUUAAGCACAUUUUACACCGAAAACAUCUUGUCACUAUGAUGGAAAAACUGUUAUGAUUAUAAUAAUAAUAAGACAAACUCAUUUGCAUCACUAUAAUACACAUUGUCACGAUAUAUAUAUAUAUAUAUAUAUAUAUAUAUAUAUAUAUAUAUAUAUAUAUAUAUUUAUUUUAUUUUUUUAUUACAAAUAAGCAAAUUAAAUUCAGUGCAUCAAAUACAAUUAUGAUUAUGUAUUUUUACAAUUGUGUUUUACAAAUGCACUUUACAAUUGAAUAUAUAUUUAUUUUUGCACAUUACAGUAAUGGGAAUUUGUGGUUAAAAUAUUGGCCUAAAAAUAAUGUCACAAUGAAAACAAAUUUAAUGGUUGUAAAAUAGGCUUCAUUUUCUUUAUGGAAAAUAUGAAUUUAUAAUUUUUUACUAUAUAUAUAUUAUAUUAUAAUUUUUUGUUUUUUCUUCAAUUGUUGAAUUAUGGCCAGGACAUAUUCUUGAAAGGUUUCAUGAGAUACAACCCAUAAUUCAUUCAUACAUUAUUACAAACAAACAGCCAAACAUCAGCACUCAGAGGAUACCAGCUAAAAUUAGCAUUGUUUUAUGUUUAAUUUUUUAUUAUAAUUUUAUAAAUAUUCAUUUUCAAUUCAGAACGUCUUGUAAAUGUGUUUUCGCAGAUUAGAUCAGUCCAAAUUAUCCUGUGUCUCCUGUAUUCAUUUGAUAUUUCAUUAAGAAAAUGAAUUUGUUUUUAUUUUUAUUUUUUAAUUACAUUAGUUAUUUCAUAUAAUAUUAUAUAUUAU